UACUCCUAGCAAGUACCUAAAGUUACAAGCAUCCCUUACUUGCAACGACAUGAUAAAGAACACAAGGUUGCUCCUACUCUACUUGGGAUAUCUAAGCUACUAUUGAUUUGGCGAGAUAAAAAAGUUCUUACCCAGCCAUUGAAGGAUUUCACUUUUGCAAACUGGAAAUCACAGAAUGAGCGCCAUGGUAGAUCGAAAAGGCUUGUUCUCCCUCCCAGAAGCAAUCGAACCUCCCUGCAUCGUCGCAUAUAUCGUCGCUGUAGCCAUCGCCUAUAGAGUUAUCUAUCAAUGUUUCUUCUCUCCAUUGCGCAAUAUCCCAGGAUCUUUCCUGUCCCGCCUUAGUGCGAAGCAUUCUAUAGUCAAACGUAUUUUCAGCAAUGGAUCUCAGUCUGUUCAGAAUGACUACGAAACAUAUGGAGACAUUUACGUCCAUCGACCAGAUGGAGUCAGCAUCAGUCACCCGCAAGAUAUCAAGAAGAUCUUGACAUCUCAAGACUUCCGGAAGACGGAUGUUUACAGAAUGCUCGACAUUCUCGGUCACCCAAGCAUCUUCACAGCUCGCGAUCCCAUCUAUGCAAGCCUUCGCCGUCGCCAGCUUGGCCCGUAUCUUACUCAUGGCUUUCUUAAUCAGAUGGAGCCGCUCAUUGUCCGGCAUAGUAUCCAAGCCAUCCGAGAUAAAUGGGACAUGUUAAUCGAUCAAAACGAAGGCAACCCCAUCAUUGUGAAUUACCGAAAUGAUACACAAUACGCAACAUUCGAUACGAUUGGUGCCCUCGCCUUUGGGCGCGACUUUAGCGCUCUUUCAAAUGACGAUGAUACCAUAAUUCGCUGGAUCGAGGCAACAGGCUUUUACCUUGGCAUGACGAAGAACCUCCCACUUCUCGGCCAUUGGCCUUUCUCUCGCCUUCUUCGUCGGUCUAGAUCCCAGUUUCAUGCUUUCAUCCGACAUUCCAACGAGUCUAUCGACAUUCGACGUAGAAAGCUUCUGAACGGCGCGAAGGAGAGACCUAUAGACCUUCUCCAGGCAUUUCUAGACGCAGAAGACCCAGAUUCUAAAAUCAAAAUGCAGCGCCAUGAAGUGCGCACCGAAAGCAUCGCAUUACAGCUUGCUGGAAGCGAGUCGACCUCUUUCGUUACUUCCUGGGUGAUUCAUCUACUGACUUUAUACCCAGCGUACCACGCACGUGCCGUGGAUGAAGUACGAAGCCUGUUUAAACGUGACCACAUGGUCACAUUCGCGGAGUGUCGUACCCAACUGCCAUUUCUCGAGGCAUGCGUAUAUGAAACCUUGAGAUACUCACCCAUCACCUCGGGAUUCAUGCCCCGGGUAUCUCACACGAGUGGGGUCAUGCUCCAGGGUUUCUAUCUUCCACCAGGCAUUGAGGUAGCUAUCAACCUGAUCGGCGCACAUAACCAUGCCGAGACUUGGAAGGACCCGCAUAUAUAUGACCCAACACGCUUUUUAGCGAACGAAGAUCUUAAAAGAAACGUUUUUGCAUUCUCUUACGGUCAUCGCAACUGUAUUGGGAAAAGCCUAGCAUGGUCGGAGAUGAUGGUAAUCUUAUCUAACCUUCUUAAAGACUAUGAUGUAAAGCUACCAGAAGACACAGUGUAUGGGCCAAAGAACUUAGAUGAAUUAGGCCGGCCGAAAAUCAUGGAGACAAAGAGUACGUUAUUUACUACUCCGAAGUAUCCCGAUAGAGAUUGUCGGUUACUAGUAAAGAAGGCGUUUGCGUAACACUUUAGAGACAAGCUACACAGAAAGAUAAUAAUAGAAUAAUACAUAUAAAUAUAAUAGCAUGAUACAUGACUUUAGAU